AAAAUCUAUACAUCCAGAGGCCGACUGAUCUCUCCAGUUGGCGCCGAGAAAGACUAAAGUAGGCCUUUCCCCUCUCUUCUAAAACCCAUACAUCGGAGCCCUAGAUCUCCGUUUCCAUAAAUCACUGUUAUCUCAAUCCAAAACAUCGAGUUCACAUUUGCCCUAGCUUUGAGAAAUGAACAUUUGUAAAUUCAAAUGAUUGAAUUAGAUCCUAAUAGAGUCCGUAAUAUACCCAAAUUGUAUUGUUUUGUUUGAUGUGUGUUGUGAAAAUACUGUAAAUUUUGAACAAUUCGAUUAUGGCCGAUGGGAAGGUCGUUAAGCGUGCCAAGUACAAAUCUUCAGUCAAGGACCCUGGCGUUCCUGGCGUUUUGAAAUUGACCAAGGAACGGUUUUUCUUCAUGCCGAAUGACCCAACAUCCACGACAAAGCUUAAUGUGGAGUUCAAGUUGAUUAAAGGCCACAGGUCUUCUAAAGAGGGUUCAAGUAAGCAGGCUCUUCUUAAUCUCAUGCACGAUCAGGGCAGGAGUUAUAUUUUUGAGUUUGAUAGCUUCCCGGACCGCGACAAGUGUCGAGAAUUCGUUGCCUCUGCAAUUGCGGCUUGUGGAGAAGUUGUGAAAGCUGCUUCUGAAAAACCUGCUGUUCCACAUGAUGAACAACUCAGUGCAGCAGAAAUGGGACGUCGGAUUAAGUUACUGCAGGAUAAUAGUGAAUUGCAGAAACUCCACAGGCAAUUGGUCAUUGGAGGUAUUCUAUCAGAGGCUGAAUUUUGGGCCGCUAGGAAGAAGCUACUGGAACAGGGCGAUAUCAAGAAGCCAAAACAACGGGUGGCUUUAAAAAAUGACAUGUGGAGUGUUAAACCUUUAUCUGAUGGUCAGACGAACAGAGUUACAUUUAACUUGACACCGGAGGUUAUUCAUCAGAUUUUUGCUGAGAAACCAGCUGUCCGCCAAGCAUAUUUGAAAUUUGUUCCGGGCAAGAUGUCAGAAAAAGAAUUCUGGACUAAAUAUUCAAGAGCUGAAUACCUCCACAGCACAAAAAAUAUUGUUGCAGCAGCUGCUGAGGCUGCUGAAGAUGAGGAGCUUGCGGUUUUCUUGAAGCAAGAUGACAUGUUAGCAUUUGAAGCUCGUAAGAAGAUCAGAAGGGUGGAUCCAACUCUGGACAUGGAAGCAGAUGAAGGUGACGAUUACAUGCAUCUCCCGGAUCAUGGGCUACCUCUGGAUGAAACUAAAGAGAUUCUGGAACCACAGUAUGAACCAUUCAAGAGGUCGUUCUCGCAGUACCUCAACCAGCAUGCAGCAGUAGUUCUUCGAGGAAGAGUUAUAGAUGUUGAGCUGGGUGACACAAGAUCUGUUGCUGAAGCAUUCACCAGGACAAAUCAGGCUGAACUAGCUGCCGAAGUGUCUGAUGAGAGUGCAUAUAGAGAACGGAUAGCUAAAGUUUCUCGAGUUGCUGAAAUUGAGGAUCUUCAGGGACCUCAUGAGCCACCAGUUGCAUUGCUAAGUAUCAAGGAUCCUCGGGAUUACUUUGAUUCUCAGCAAGCAAAUGCAAUAAAGGCUUUGGGGGAUGGUGGUACAGGGACAAGACAGCUGAAAUUUAAUGUGAGCAAAGAAGAUGCCUUUUGCUCCCUGAAGAACUCCAUCUCCGAGAUAAAUUCACAAGGAUUGACCGAACCAAUAAUUAGUCCAGAAGUAGCUCUCAAGGUUCUCAACGGGCUUAGUCAGAAUAUCUCGAGUACAAAGUAUCAUCUGGGAAAGAACCCCCAUGAGAGUGUUUUAGAUCGGCUGCCUAGUGCAACGAAAGAUGAACUAUUACUCCAUUGGACAUCAAUUCAGGAAUUAUUGAAGCACUUCUGGUCAUCUUAUCCAAUAACCGCAAAAUAUUUCUACACCAAGGUGACUAGAUUAAAGGAUGCAAUGUCUCAGAUAUACCCCAAGUUGCAGGAGAUCAAGGAAUCUGUGCAAUCGGAUUUCAGGCAUCAAGUUUCCCUUCUUGUACAGCCAAUGCUUCAGGCUUUAGAUGCUGCCUUUGCCCAUUAUGAUGCAGAUAUACAGAAGAGAUCUGCCAAAAGUGGGGAGAGACCAAAUGGAUUUGCUUAGGCAAAAAUUUUCUCCAUUUUCAUCCGAUAUUUAAGCCCUUUGUUUUCUGGGGGUUAUAUACACGAAUGUACAUUUAACAAAAUUUUGUUCGAGUGUGUUACAGCAUAUUCUAUAUCUUGACAGUUCUAAUUGACUGCCUGCGGUAAUUGUACAUCUAGUGGAAUUUUGUUAAGUUAUUCUA